UGCGUUCCCAGUUGAGUUAACACUUCAGUUUCUUCUGUUGGCUUCAACUUCAUCACUUCGUCUCUCAGCCACGAACCCUAGCCUCCAUGCCGUGCUUAUCUCCUUCUCCUACAGUGAGGCCAUGACAGAUGCCACCUCCACACCGUCGCAGCUCGAGCCUCGUGUUGAUCAAUCAGACCUGUCGCAGCUCGUGUUCCUCCGCCGCAGGUCGACGUCCACCUCCACACUCCACCGCCCACUCCACGCCGCAGAUGAUUGAAACUUGAUAAAGAAGGUGAUCUUCUUCCAUUUUGAGUUAUGGUUUUGUUCCCCUAUUAGGCAUUGGAGGACAUGAAUCAAGAUGCUUAACAGGUUAAGCAGGCAUUGCUUCUGCACUGCUACUCCUCGCCCAUGGCUCUUUGUAGGCUUGGGAAAUCCUGGGGAUAAGUACAAAGGAACCAGACACAAUGUUGGGUUCGAGCUAAUUGAUGCAUUUGCUGAAUCAGAAGGGAUCUCUAUGAACGCAGUUCAUUGCAAAGCUAUCUUUGGGCAAGGUUUUGUUGAUGAAGUCCCUGUUUUUAUUGCGAAGCCUCAAACUUACAUGAAUCUUAGUGGGGAAUCUACUGGACCACUUGCAGCUUAUUAUAAGCUACCUCUUAAUCGUGUUCUUGUGUUUCAUGAUGACUUGAACUUGCCCUGUGGGGUGCUUCGACUUCACCACAAAGGAGGUCAUGGAAGCCACAAUGGGUAUUGGGAAGCCUCCUGGACAAAUGGAUCCCAAAGCAUUCUUGCUCCAAAAGUUCAAUGCAACAGCCCAAGAACGAAUUGAUGCCGCUUUGGAAGAGGGGGUUGGCGUAUUGAAGCUCCUUUUAUCCAAAGGAUUGACAGAGAGUGCACGAUGCUUUAACAGGGAGCAAAAGUACAAGCAUAUAAGAUUGCAGACUAUGCCGACAUGAGCAGCUUAGGUAUAGUUCAUUCAGUAUUUAUUUUAGAUUGCUGUACAUGAUGUCAAGGAGCCUUCAUGGAGUGUGUAUAGCAAACACAUGUUGAAAUACUAAUGUCUUCUUCAUGAAUUAUGGUUGUGGGUUCAAUCGUUAAGAGCUUUUAUUAUUAUUGUUACUA